AUGGCUCAAUACACCAAAACAGGUGUACGUUCAUCAAAUUGUCCUUUAAACGGUAAUUUGAGAACCAAUGACGGAAUUAUCGAAAGUUGUAUUGCUGAUGUUAAAAAUUCUGUAUCAAAAGUGGUUGAAAGAAAUCUGGACUUAAUUUUGAAUUAUCCAAGGGAAGCAAAACAUUUCGUCCCAAAUAAUAUCGUAAACGGUGCCGUUUAUCAAAGAAACGCCUUAACGGAACCAAAAAUUACAAUACAGCUUCAUUCAGAUGGAACUGAUAUUAUGACGACUAAACACAAGAGUUGUUAUGCUACAACAGGAAGCGUCCUCGAGAUACCUCCACCUCGACGUGACCAUGUCAAAAAUAAAAUUUUGUUAUCAUUGUAUUUUGGGAAAAAAGAGCCAACAUCUGAACUACUACUUGAUGGACUUAUCAACAAAUUGAGUGAAUUACGUACCGCAGGAUUAGCUAUUACCCACAGAAAUCGAAAUGUAACGUUUAAAGUGAAUUUUCCAGGCGACAAAAAUGAAUUACCAUGCCGAGCUAUGAACUGGAAGAUUUCUCAGUUUAAUAGGUUCGACUGUUGUACUACUAAUUGUCUUCAGCAUGGCGAAACAAGAAACUCAAAUAAGGUUUAUUAUCCUUACACGCACACUACAAAUCCCCGUACACAUCAAAUGUUUGUCAAUGCAGCGCAGGUAGCCGAUUUGAGACGUACAACGACACAUAUCGCUGUAGUUCAAGAUAUGAGUUCUAUUUCAAUAACAGCGCCUCGUGGCACAUCUCGAACGAAUGAGCAAUAUGCUUUACCACAAAUGCCAGAUGGUCAACAUAAAAUCGUGCCCUUAAAUGAAUGUUUGUUAGCUGAAGAUCAUGAGCAUGUAUCAUACAAAUCAAAAAAAGAUUUAUUGUUAGUGUCAAAGGGUAAAUAA